AUGGAUACAAUUAUUUCCAAUACAACUGAGUUUGUAAACUCUAAUCCUACACUCAUUAACAACGUAGAAUUACAAUCCACAACAAUCAUACAAUAUCUAAAAUCGUUCUCAAAUUGGCAAAUCGCCUUAGCUUUCAUAAUUAUAAUAUUAACAUGGGACCAAAUAUCAUAUCAAAUGAAAAAAGGUUCCAUCGUAGGUCCAAAAUUCAAAUGGUACCCAAUUAUUGGUCCCUUCCUAGAAUCAUUAGAUCCUAAAUUCGAAGAAUAUAAAGCUAAAUGGUAUUCAGGUGAUUUAUCAUGUGUCUCCAUCUUCCAUAAAUUCGUCAUCAUCUCGUCCACAAGAGAUAUCUCAAGGAAAAUCUUUCAAUCUUCUAAAUUCGUUAAACCAUGCGUAGUGGACGUCGCUGUUAAGAUCCUAAGACCAACUAAUUGGGUAUUCCUUGAUGGUAAACCUCAUAUAGAUUAUAGAAAAUCAUUAAAUGGUCUUUUCACAAAAUCUGCAUUAGCUAAAUAUUUACCUUCUCAACAAAAAGUAAUGGAUAAAUAUUUAGAAAAAUUCAUUCAAUUAUCAAAGGAGAAUAAUUACGAACCACAAAUCUUCUUCCAUGAAAUGAGAGAAAUCUUAUGCGCAUUAUCAUUAAGAGCAUUUUGUGGAGAUUACAUCACUGAGGACCAAAUUAGGAAAAUCGCUGAUGAUUACUAUUUAGUCACCGCUGCUUUGGAAUUAGUCAAUUUCCCAAUCAUUAUUCCAUACACUAAGACUUGGUACGGUAAAAGAACUGCAGAUAACGCAAUGAAAAUCUUUGAAUCAUGUGCUCAAAAAUCAAAAGAUUAUAUCGCUGCAGGUGGUGAACCUAUUUGUGUAAUGGAUGCAUGGUGUAAAUUAAUGCAUGAUGCUAAGAAUGAAAAUGAUGAAAAUUCAAGAAUCUUACAUAGAGAUUUCUCAAAUAAGGAAAUCUCUGAAGCUAUUUUCACUUUCCUUUUCGCAUCUCAAGAUGCUUCUUCUUCUUUAGCUUGUUGGUUAUUCCAAAUCGUUGCGGAUCGUCCUGAUGUAUUACAAAAGAUUAGAGAAGAGCAAUUGGCUGUCCGUAAUAAUGAUUUAUCCACUGAGAUUACUAUUGAUUUAAUUGAUCAAAUGAAAUAUACUAAUAUGGUCAUUAAGGAAACUUUACGUUAUAGACCUCCUGUCUUAAUGGUUCCAUAUGUCGUUAAGGAAAAAUUCCCCGUAACACCAAAUUACACUGCUCCUAAGGGGUCCAUGUUGAUUCCAACUUUAUAUCCAGCUUUACAUGAUCCUGAAGUUUAUGAAAAUCCAGAUGAAUUCAUCCCAGAAAGAUGGGUUGAAGGUUCUAAAGCAAGUGAAGCUAAGAAAAAUUGGUUGGUUUUCGGCUGCGGUCCUCAUGUUUGUUUAGGUCAAACUUAUGUUAUGAUUACUUUUGCAGCAUUGUUAGGUAAAUUUGCAUUGUAUACUGAUUUCGAACAUAAAGUUACUCCAUUAAGUGAAAAGAUUAAAGUCUUUGCUACUAUCUUCCCCAAAGAUGAUUUAUUAAUGACAUUUAAGAGAAGAGAUCCAUUGACUGGUGAAGUCUUCGAAUAA